AACAAAAACCUACAUCAAUCAAUGGUGAUUUCAGCAAACACAAGAGUCGAGAGCUUAGCCAAAAGUGGGAUCCAUCAAAUCCCAAAAGAAUACAUCCGACCACAACACGAACUCACAACCAUCACCGACAUCUUUCACGAUGAAAACAACCAACAAGGACCACAACUCCCAACCAUCGACUUAAACGACAUCAACUCUAACGACCCGAAAGCGCGCGAAAAGUGUCGUCAUGAGAUCGUAAAAGCAGCCUCCGAGUGGGGUGUCAUGCACCUUGUCAACCAUGGGAUUUCCGGCGACUUGAUCAACCGUGUUAAGGCGGCUGGCGAGGGUUUCUUCGAUCAGCCGGUUGAAGAGAAAGAGAAGUACUCUAAUGAUAUCGAUUCCGGAAAUCGACAAGGGUAUGGAAGUAGGUUAGCCACCAAUGCAUGUGGCCAGCUUGAAUGGCAAGAUUACUUUUUCCACCUUGUGUUUCCGGAGGAGAAACGUGAUUUGACCAUUUGGCCCUCCACACCUAACGAUUACAUUCAUGCUACGACGGAGUACGCUAGACAACUAAGAUCACUUGUCUCCAAGAUACUAACGGCGUUAUCUCUAGGAUUAGGAUUGGAUGAGGGGAGGCUAGAGAAGGAGGUUGGAGGAAUGGAAGAGCUACUUCUACAACUAAAAGUUAACUAUUACCCAAAAUGCCCUCAACCCGAGCUAGCACUUGGUGUUGAAGCUCACACCGACGUGAGUGCACUCACGUUCAUACUCCAAAACAUGGUUCCAGGGCUCCAACUCUUCCACAAUGGACAAUGGGUGACUGCGAAAUGCGUACCCGACUCCCUCAUUGUGCACAUUGGUGACACUAUUGAGAUCUUGAGUAACGGCAAGUAUAAAAGUGUUCUCCAUAGAGGGCUUGUGAAUAAGGAGAAAGUUAGGAUUUCUUGGGCGGUUUUCUGCGAACCGCCCGAGGAGAAGAUCAUCUUGAAACCACUUCCAGAGACGGUUUCUGAGGGGGAGCCGUCGCUCUUUCCGCCGCGGACCUUCCUUCAGCAUAUGGAACACAAGCUGUUUAGGAAGAAUAAUGAUUCAGUUGCGUGAACUUGUUUGUAUUUGUAUUUGUUUUUGUGUUGUUUGGGUUAGUUAUGCCAUGUAUGCUUUUGUGUUUGUUUUUUUCAGCUGACUGCAUCAACGUUGUGAUGUGUUUGUUUAUGUGUUGACUUCGAAUAAAUCUUGUGUGUUAUCUU